AUGGCACCAGGCGAUGGUAUAGACGGUGGCGGAGGCGGCGAUGAGUAUAUCCCUCGACAGGGAAGCCCCAACGACAAGGCACUGGGCAGUUUCACAGGCUACGGGACGCAGCAGCAAGCGUGGUACAAGUCAGCGAAGCGCUUUUACGAGAAGGAUAGCGUGCUGGAACCUGCUGACCGGGAGUGGUUAGGCCAGACGUACCAGUCGGUCGCGCGGGCACACUUGUGGGGAAGGCUGGUGGGCUUUGCCGCAGGGUUCGGGGCGGACUUUGCGUACCAGGCAAUGCGGCUGCGCAGCCGGCAGGGAGUCAAUCUGUCACGGAGCUUCCUGUUUGGGGUGGCGGGCACGGUGGUGGGAACGUACCAGUGCGGGCUGUAUGCUUACUGGCGGGCGCUCGAAAGCGUGGCGCCGGUAGAGCGCUACGACGACCUCGAGGAGGAUGGCGGCGCGGCGGCGCGGCGGCGGCGGCAUGAGGUGCUGCAGUUGCUGCGCGACAGCAUGCCUGCGGUGUGGGCAGACUACUUCAACAAAACGGCGCGCGAUCCGUCGCUGCGCAUGCCGGACCCACAUGUGCUCUGGCAGGGGAUUUUGCGCGGCGAGCGGCCGAACAUGCCGAUGUAUAGGCACGAGUCGCUGGCGCAGUCGCCAAUGGCGCGGCUGACAUCGCCACCAGACCUGCGACCUGUGCAGCAUCCUGCGGGCCCCGCGCCCGUGGAAGCGAGCGCCCGGCCUGCGAACGAAGACCCAUUUUCUGCGGAGAUUACGGAGCCCAGCAACUCGCUGUCGGCGUGGGACCGGGUGCGCCAGCAGAAUUCGAUACCUCAGACAUCAGGCGACAGCUGGGAUCAGGUACGGAGGCGGUCGAUGGGCGGCUUUUCCGGGCCUGCACCGCCAAACACAGAUAGAGAGCAGAAUGAGUUCGAUGAGCUGCUCAACGCCGAGCGGCGCGGUAUUUGGGACGAGAUAGAUGGUCCUAAGUAG